AUGGUGGCUGGAGCCCCAGCUAGGAUGGGCUUUCUCUGGGGCCUGGCUCUGCCCCUUUUCUUCUUCUGCUGGGUGGCUGGGGCUCCUAGGAGCUCUGCAGGCCCCAGCACCAGUGAAUCAGGCCACACAGAAGUGCCUGCUGUGACUCCAGGGGUCAGGACGAGCUCAGAGGGAGUCUUACAGACCACUGACCUCACUGAGACCUCUAUGUCAAACCAUAUCUCUUUGGAAACUCAAACCCUAAGCACCCAGACCUCUGAUAAGACCUUCCUCCCAGGCAGCACCAUUUCAGUAGCAGAGAACAGGGAAAACGAGACCAUGGCCCUCAUAAAAAUAAUGCCUUCCAAGUCCUCGGCUGUGAUCAGCACUCCUAUGGAGACAUCAGCCACAGGUGGCGGCAGCCCCACGGGACGUGGAAUGAGCACAGUUGAGACCGUCACAGUUACUGAGCUCUCGAAAGCCACCUUUGACACCCUUUGCAAUUUCGACAGCUCUGAAGAGGCAAAGAGAAUCAUGGUAGACUUCUUGAAAUUAGCUCACACCUCUACAGAAGCCGAGGCCUUGUCCUCGGAGAGCAGCGCUUCCUCUGACAGCUCAGUUCCAGCCAUCGCCACCUCACAAGCCCUGUCAUCUGACAUCGCUGCUCUGGCUAAAGCCUUGGUUACCUACAACAUCAUCAACAUCGAGGUGAUCAACUGCAGUGUUAUAGAAAUAGAAGCAACUGCCAGCACCCCUGGGACCUCAGACAUAGAUCGCAGCCCCACGGGAGGAAAGGCCCUGUCUACCCCUGAGACAUCAGCUUUGCCUGACUCCACUGAAGCAAAAUCACACCUCGCCAGGACCGCCACCUCUGCUGAGACAUUGUCAACAGCCAGCGCCACAGAAUCAGCCACACCUGACAUCACACUCACCAUCAGUAGCACCACAGAAAUGGAAACAACAGCCGCCAAGGCCACGGCCCCCAGUGGAACCUUGGUGACAGUUAGCAUGAACCUCUUGGAAGAAAACUCAUCCCUCUCUGUUGAGACAACAAGCCACACUGAGGUCUCAGGAGCAGUUACAAUCUCCACAGGGACUGUGUCAACAGUAGGCGAGGUGACUUCCCCUGCUGGGUUCUCAGCUACGGUCUACAGCCUGUCUGAAGUGACUACCAUCAUGAGCUCCACCCCCUCAGAGACUUCUACCACAGACAUCACAUUCAGUGUGCCCGUUCCCAACAGCAGGAGCCCCCUUCCUUCUGUCCAUCUGGCUACGGCCAACAACAGCCAAGAAAAAAACAUCACCUUAGCCAAGACCACAGCCUCAGCAAAGACCUUGAAGAUAGCCAGCACAGCUGAAGGGAAACCCUCAACAGCCACGCCCACCAAUGCUCAGACAAGUCUGACAGAUGUUACUGCAGGUGAGGAUGGAGGCUUCCUCCUCCUGAGGCUGAGCGUGGCCUCCCCAGAAGACCUCACUGCCCCCAGAGUGGCAGAGAGGUUGAUGCAGCAGCUCGACCGUAAACUGCAUGUGUUGUUUAUGUCUCCCAUCCAAGUCUCCCUGCUGCGUGUCAGGAGGGGCUGA